UGUGAUGCCUUCUCCUCUACUUGCUUGGCAACCUGCUCCUUAGACAAAACAAUCCACCUGUACUCCAUCAAAGAUUUUUCAGAGCUUCCAUUUUCACCAUUAAAUGGGCAUGGCUAUGCGGUCCACAGCUGCUGCUUCAGCUCCACUGUUGAGCUCUUAGCUUCUUGUUCGACAGACGGGACCACUGUUCUGUGGAGCGUGAACACCGGGGAGAUUGUGUCAGUCCUACAGCAUCCUGGCCGCAGUCCUGUCAGAAUCUGCACUUUUUCACCUGACUCUUCAUGUCUGGUGUCUGGUGCGGCAGAUGGGACUGUAGCACUGUGGGCUGUCCAUUCCAACACUCUUUGCAGCUCGGCUGCUGUUAAAGAAGGUUCAGUGGUUGCUUGUUCAUUCGCUCCUUGUGGUCAGAUGUUUGUAACAGGAUCUACCAAUGGGGAUCUCUGUGCCUGGAGCUGCCAAAUGAAGCAGCUUUGCAUUGUGAAAACAGCCCAUGACCUUGGAGUGACCUGUUGUCACUUCUCUCCCCAGGUGUGCAUGGAAAGAAAUUCAGUGUACUUUCAGAUGGCCUCCUGUGGUCAAGACAACAAUGUCAAAAUCUGGAUGGUCUCACAGCAUGUCCCCUCAGGUUGUAAAUUCCAGCUUGUUCACACGUUGAAUGGGCAGAGUGCUCCUGUGUUGUCCUGUGCUUUUUCAUCUGAUGGACAGCUUCUUAUUUCUGGCUCUGUGGAUAAAUCUGUGGUCAUCUAUGAUGCUAAUAAAGGAAUCAUACUUGACAAACUGACCAACCACGAGAGGUAUGUCACUGCCUGUACAUUUGCCCCAGACAUGCCAUUAAUUGCCACAGGAUCUAUGGACAAGACAGUGACUAUUUGGAGAAUAGAGGAUGGAACUAGUUUUGGUGGUAGAGUGAGUCAACAUAGCAACAAGCGCUCUCCUGUAUCCAAUGCCACAGCAAAAAAGAAAUUUGAUUCCCAGAAUGAAGAAGAAAAAGAAAAAAACUUGGAUGCUGGAUUUUUAAAAGCCCAAUCUAGGCUGUGUGUUAGUGAGUGGUCGUAGGAAGCGGUCUCAGUCUGACUUUGUGAAGAAGGCUUGGACGAGCUAGUGAACAUAUUCAAAGCAAACAACAUAGAUGGUUCUGAAUUGCUGAGUUUGAACAAAGAAAUUGUCACCAACAAUCUUAACAUUGAAUCCUUGGGACUGCGUAACAAAGUGAUUCGGAAAAUUGAGGAGCUGAAGGAGCACCUGGAGUCCGUUUGUACAGGCAUUCCAGGCGAAUUCUUGUGCCCAAUAAACAGGGAGCUUAUGAAAGAUCCUGUUAUUGCUUCAGAUGGAUAUUCGUACGAGAGAGAAGCCAUCGAAAGCUGGAUACACACUAAGAAACACUCAAGUCCCAUAACAAACUUACCACUGAAGUCAGUUUUGUUGACCCCUAACAGAACCUUAAAGAUGGCUAUUAGCAGCUGGAAAAACUGCCAGUAAUGCAGAGCUAAUUGUCCUCAAUCCAAUAAAUCUUCUAGUGCUACAGUGCA